UGCGGAUAAAUUUUUACUGAGAGUCGUAUAGGAAUCUAUAAUCUAGUACUUUCGAAAAUACGCCGAGAGUAUUCCUGAUGGUGAAACGAGCGUUGCUUCAUCGAACGCAGCUAAAGAAAACAACAUCUAUGUAGUUGGUGGUACGAUGCCUGAAAUAGAGGGCGAUAAAUUGUACAAUACCUGUACUAUUUGGGGUCCCGAUGGAACUUUGAUAGCAAAACACCGAAAGGUACAUCUAUUCGACAUCGACAUUCCUAAUAAGAUUACUUUUCGAGAGAGUGAUUCACUCAGUCCUGGUAACUCCCUAACGACGUUCGAUGUGAAGGGCUGCAAAAUAGGUAUUGGCAUUUGCUGUGAUAUUAGAUUCGAGGAAAUGGCACGCAUUUAUCGGAACAAAGAUACUUCUGGCUAGUGCAGUACCUACACGGUGGUUGUUGAAAUAGCCGCUUCUCAUCUAUUUUCCGCAGCGCGGACAUCAUCCUUUGAUCCCUUACGACUAACGAAGUUUUCGAAGAUGUACGGCAGUUUGAGAUUCUACUUGAAAAUGAUCAUGAUUGCGGUCUGUGUGCCGUCUGCUCUUCUUUUUGUCCUUCCGUUAAAGACUGGUAAGUUGAUACUGAUUAAUUAUGCGAUCGAAACCAUAUAUAAUGGCUACAAAAAUGCCGCCAAUAUAAUAUUCCUUCUUUCUUUUAUCUGUCUGCCUCUCAGGUCGUUUUACUAAUUACAAUAAGUAAUUUCGUCUUCUUUGCGCUCUCUUUUAACGCAAAAAAAUAUGAAAUUAACAUGAUAUAUACAUUACUACAUAAGUUAUAUAUAAAAUAUGUAUAUUAUACCCUUGCCUACUGACUGAUAUGAAUUUCUUUCGGUCUCGAAUGCGUUAAAAGAGAGCGCAAAGAAGUCGAAAUUACUUAUUGUAAUUAGUAAAACGACCUGAGAGGCAGACAGAUAAAAGAAAGAAGGAAUAUUAUAUUGGCGGCAUUUUUGUAGCCAUUAUAUAUGGUUUCGAUCGCAUAAUUAAUCAGUAUCA